GAGGAAACCAUCCUUGAGAGCAAUCUGCAUGGAAAACUCUUUAUUAAUCGCAUUUUCCGUAUUGGUGCAGAUAGGAUGUUUGAAAUGCUCUUCACUAAUUCCCAUUUCAUGCAGAGAUUUCUCAGGACUAGAAAUAUAACAGAUACUGUAUCAACUUCUUGGAACAGAGAUAAUGGAGGGAAUCAGCUGAGGACCCUGACUUACACGAUUAUGCUGAACAAUCCACUUAUUGGAAAAUUCACAACUGCAACAGAAAAACAGGUGCUGCAUAAACGAAGCCACAAAGAUCGGUCUUAUCGAGUAGAUACAGAGGUGGUGACGCAUGACGUGCCUUACCACGAUUACUUCUACACUGUGUACAGUUAUGUUAUCUCUCAUAUGUCCAGUCAAAAAUGCAGACUCCGGAUUUCCUCAGAAGUGAAAUACAGAAAACAACCAUGGGGGCUUGUUAAGAAUAUAAUUGAAAAGAAUACAUGGAGUGGGAUCCAGGAAAAUUUUAAAAAUCUUGAAUCAGAUUUGCUAAUGGAAGAAUAUGCCAUAAACAAGCCUAUUGAGGAUCCUGCAAAACUUGGAGCCCUAAGAAGGAGAAGAUGGAUUUUACAGCGGAAUGCAGAAGAAAUGCUUCCUAAACACUCUGCACAACAUUCUACAGAAGACAAAAGAACAAUUCCUCUUAGGGAAGUAGGAACAAAGAAGAAUGCUACAAAUAAAACCAUCACCAUCAUCAUAGUGGCAAUGAGCAUCUUCUUAAUUGUACUGGUUUUUCUGAAUGUGGCACUGUUCCUCAAACUGUCAAAGAUCGAGUGUGCAGCUCAAUCAUUUUACCACGUUCAGCUUCAGGAAGAAGGGUCAGCAACUUUAGCCCUUAAUGUGGCAUCAAAACAGAAAACUCAGGAUAACAUGGAUCAAACCCAACAUGUGAAAGGUGUGCUAAGGGAUUCAAUAGCAUUGCUUGAACAGCUGAAGACCUCAUUGUCUAUGCUCCAGAGUAGUUUUGAUCACCUAAACAAGACCAAAGAUUGGAAGCCUGAAAACUGAUGUCACCAAAACCAACUACUAAGAAGAAUGAAAAUAUAUUGUUGUGAUGCUUCUUUUUCUCACAGUUUUCUCCUCACAACACUUUCACAUAUAAUAAAUAUUGCUCUGGAAUAUGCUCCUUUAAAAAAGAACUUACUAGUUUGUGAAUCUUCCUGACCUACUUGAUGUCUUAUGUGUGUGUCUCGGUAUAUGUAUGUGUGAGAAAACACUUUCUUGAGCUGUGAAUUCUUGGUGAAAAUGAAUGAUUGAGAACACAGAGAGCUGAUAAUUAUAUAAUAUAUAGAUUGCAGAGAUACACUUCAGCAAAUCAAUGCACUAUCUAAAGUAAUAAACACUGGAUUUAGAUGGGAACAAUCUUAAGUGUUAUGAAAGAUGCAAUAUAAAAUGUCUUGUUUAGUUUAUCACAUGCAGAGUUUUUCAUAUCUUCUUCCUUAUGUCAGUGUAAGAAAUCUUCAAAAGUAAAUUGUUACAACGUUUAGUUUAUGUGUUCCAGAUAUCUAUGAGUAUAUCUAAACUUUACAUAUAGCUUUUUCUGUUUGGGGGGUUUGCUUUAUGGGUUAUUACAUUUCUUCCUCUUAGUCACUGUCAUUUCAAUUCUCAGAAUUUCUCAGGGAAUUUUCAUUCAUGUCUGGAAGUCAUAUUUAGCAAUGUCCAACUCUAUGUAUUUUUAAAAAGUAACUAAUGUAUUAUUUGAUUUAUAUAUUGUAUUACAACCUUAGAGAGUUCUUGUAAGAAUAGGCUUACCAUUUUAUAGUCUUCAAGGCCUGGUGGAUCAUGUCCUUCGUAACAAUUAAAGAUGCAGACUGUGAUAUGUAAGUGCAAUAAAUAGGAAUUACUGUUUUCUGCUCUGAUUAAGAAAACUCUAAGCAGCCCCUGAAAAUUUUUUACUGAACUUCUGAUAGAAAAGAACAAAAACAUUGAAAGUGUGGUGCAAAUAAAACUAUGAA